CUUGAAGGAAAAAAAUUAAUGUUUGUCGCCUCACCAAAAUGACAGCUACUUUAUCGUUUCGGUGGUUAGAACUUUUAGAAAAAGAAUUUGACAAAGCCUUUGUAGAUCUUGAUCUAUUGCUUGGUGAUAUUGAUCCUGACCAAUGUGAAUUAACAUUUGAGGGACGGCAAAAGAUGACAGCCCUCAGUGCUGCAUUUGCCCAACUCUGUCACAAAGCUCAAACAGUAUUUCAGUCAAAUGCAAAGCUUGAAGCACAGCUAGUAGAUAUGAGAUCGGACAUGAUAGAAAUGAAAUCCUCUAAAGCUCUGGUUGAGAAGGAACUCCAUAAUGUCUUACUACAACUUCACUCACUACAGUUACAAAAACAGGCUGAAAAAGGCAUAGAAGCUGAUUCUACAAGCAUAAUGAAAAAACUGGAGGAUGAAUUGCAGGCACAGAAAGCAGAAUUUUUAAACAUGGCUAAAUUAGAGGCAGAAGUUAAAGAAUUAAGGAAAGAAAAUACUGAACUACGUCAAUAUGUUUUAGCUCUGCAGGGAGAAGUUUAUGGUGCAAGACUUGCCGCUAAGUAUUUAGACAAAGAAUUAGCUGGAAGAAUUCAGCAGAUCCAGUUGUUAGGUAGAGACAUGAGAGGAGCAGAGCAUGACAAACUUUGGAACCAGUUAGAAGCAGAAAUCCAUCUACAUAGACACAAAACAGUUAUACGAGCUUGUCGUGGACGGAAUAAUUGGAAGAAAAAAUUACCUGUUCCUGCAGGCCAUGACUUUAAAUCCUUAAGAAAACAGCAUGGAUUGGGAGAUGUGAGGAAGGUUCUUAUACAGAAAGGUGCUGAUGAUGGGCUAGGUUUAUCAAUAACUGGUGGCAAAGAGCAUGGUGUUCCAAUCUUGAUAUCAGAAAUCCAUGAAGGUCAGCCUGCCGAUAGAUGUGAGAACCUGUAUGUAGGAGAUGCUAUACUGUCUGUAAAUAGUAUUGAUCUAAGGAAUGCCAAACAUGCAGAGGCUGUACAAGUCUUAUCCCAACAGACGGGAGAUAUAGAACUAGAAGUUAUGUUUGUCUCCCCUGAUGAAGAUAGUGAUGAUGAGAAUCAUGAAUAUGAAGAUGAGAAUGGUUUUAGAUACAGAAUAUAUGACGAUGAAGUUCUAAGUACAGCAAGUGAAACAGACAAGGCAGAUCACUCUACUCAUAAAACCAAAACUAACAGUUCUGAACAAAUGUCAACAAAUUCUAGUCCUCUCAGAUCACCAGGAGCGACAGGAAGUAGUAGCAACAGUCCUAGCAAGAGAAUUGAUGUAGGAACGUUCCAUACAAACAACAUACAGGACUCUAACAAAACAGAAGAAUCUCCGGCUUUUGAUUACAGAUAAUCAAAAAUAACAUUGUUAUGUUAAAUAUAAUGCACAUUAAUUGUUUUAUUAAUGGUAUAUUUCAGAUUUUAUCAGUUUUUGUUAUUUAUGACUGUAAAUUGUAAUUGUUACAUAGAUAAGGCCGUUAAAGAAUUGCUCUCAUUUUCUUGUCACAAUUAACGAUAAAUUUCUUGCCAAAAGUUCAGAAAUGAAGAAGAUCUAUUCUUGAGGUGGUAUGGGUGUCUUCAGCCAUCUUGGAUUGUAUAAUAGUAGAACACUUUUAAAUGAAGUCAGCAAAUUUUUGUUGCCAGAAUACAAUUUAUUAAAAAAAAAAUUCUUUUAAAGGAACAAAUUUAUGUGAUUUUAUAUUAUAAUUACUAAAAUGUUUCCGUUUUCUGUUUUAUGUUAUAGUCGGAAAAAAUUAACUGUGUUUUUCUUUUGAUAUUCUUAAAACACUUUAUGAGAGCUAUCUUCUCAUAUUUUAUUUAAGAUUUCUAUCUAUUAGUUUACUGUCUAUUCACAUUAUGAUGCUUUUCACUAUAAUCCAUACAUAAUGUGUCAUUUUUUCACAACCUGUAUCUUCAAAACAAGUUUGGUGACCUAUCAUUUAUAUUAUGUUUUUGAACAUAUCACAAUAUAUACUACAUUUUAGCUAAGGAAGAAAAACCUCUAUCUGUAUACUCCCAUACUACUUUAGUUUGACAUCAUCCUUGUACAACGGAUAUUUAAAAACUGGCCCCAAAAUGUUCAACCAGUCCAACAAUAGCAUUACACAGCAAGGAUCCAGUAUCAAUUUACAGAAUACUACAGCAAUAUACAGUGCAGUAAACUGGAUUCCUGUUGUGAAAUUCUACUGUUGUUCCAAACAGUUUAUUAAUUACCAAUCAAGAUUGAUAUCCAAUGGAUAGAGGUACAUUUAUCAGUACUAUUUCUGAGAAACUGACAUUUUUUUUAACAGCCUUAUAAACUAUAAGUUAGUACGUUUUGUAGUCAAUACUCAUUAAGUUGAAGAAUUCCUCUAGAUAAAUGAGUACAUUGUUACGAUUAUACAAUAUAUGAAUCAUUUCAUGAUUCAAAACUUUCAUUGAUAGAUAAGGGCAUAAUUUAAUUGCAGAAUAUUUUGUGCCCAUAUUCUCCCAUGACUUUGUGUAGAAAAAGUCUUCAUUGAUCAUUUAUUUUAAAUUGUUGUAAUUACUACAAAAAUAACAAAGACUUCUCAUUGAUAAGGAUUGAUCAGUUUUCUCUGCCUGACAUUUCAGCAUCAUUAUACCCAAUCAUACAAUUUGUUUUUUACUGAUAUCAACAGAAAUUAACUCCCUUAGGAUUUAAUUUGAUAUUAUUUUGAUACAUGUACUUAAUAAAUAACUUCAGUACCACAAUCCUAUUGGAAAAAUUUUCAAUUUGAGGAUGUUGUUUUUAAUUUCUUUAGCGAACACCACUUCAGAUUAUCCCUUGAAGAGUGGUAUACAUUGAAUUGUUUGUUUGUUUAUUGGUUCUACUUGUUUACUGGUUGUAAAUAUAACAUCAGAUUUGUCAUUUGUUAAUAUAGACAAGUUACUUGUUUUGUUGAACUCAAAGGGACCAAUAAGAUUACAUAAACUUACCUUAAACUGGUCACUUAUUCCAUCAGAUCACUCAAGCGUGCACAGUUAACUGUGUCAUGUUCAUUUUAUUAUUUGUUUUUGGCCAUGUUAAUUAGUUAUUAAAUAGGACAUAAAACUUUCAUUUUGUUAGAAUAAGGUCUUUUGCAUGUAGCUUUGGUUUUAAAAAAAUUGUUGUCAUCGAUGAUAUAUGUUGAAAUUGUUAUACUUCUUAUAAAAGUAACUUAUUAUAUAUGAGAUUUCUCAAUAUCAAAGAUUUAUAGAUUAAGUGUUCCUGUGUAUGACAUUUUAGCAUCAUUCUGAAUUGACAUAGCAUAAUUCUUUGCAGAUGAGUUUUUUUUAUCAAAAUAAUUUUUUGUAGACUAAAAAAUUAAAACAUCGAACAUUUUAUUGAGAUAUCUGUAAAAUAAUUGGAAGUAUCUGUAUGAUAACCUUGAGCACUAGAAGUAGGAACUGAACUGAUCACUGAACAUAUUGCUGCUCUUCAACUGAAAAUAAAUAGAAUAACAUAGCAUCAUUCAUUAGGCAAACAUAUCUUCUGGAAAUUUUUUACCAGUGGUAUUUCUGAAAAUGAUGUAUUUUGAAUUUAAACCAUUAACAACAGUAAAACAAAAUAAAAACAGAUAACAUAUUUCCUCAAGGCGUAUCCCUUAUGGCCUUUGUGUACUUGUAUUUGUGUAGUCCAUUAUCACUGAACUAGUAUACAUAUUUGUUUAGGGGCCAGCUGAAGGACGCCUCCGGGUGCGGGAGUUUCUCGCUGCAUUGAAGACCCAUUGGUGGCCUUCGGCUGUUGUCUGCUCUAUGGUCGGGUUGUUGUCUCUUUGACACAUUCCCCAUUUCCAUUCUCAAUUUUAUUAAUUUCAUAUUUAUGAAAUCAAAAUCGAGAGACACAUAAUUAUACAAACAUUAUUUUUAAUUUGAAGCUUUUUAAAUACUUUCACUGAAAGCAGAAACUAGAACUGCUCUAGUUGAGCUUGGGUGAAAGAUAAUGUCCCUAAAUCAAGUCGUUUUCUUGGAGUAAUAUUGAUUUUUACCCUUACAAAUUCUAGAGGAAUGUAAACUUAUAAAAUGUUAGAGAAUAUAAUGUAUUUUAAUGUAAAUAGAGUUGCAAUACUUUUCAAAUCGACUUAUGUUUCAAAUUGUUUUCUUUGUUCAUGUUUAAUCCUAUUUAUUUUAGGAUUUGUCAUAUAAAUAAGGGUUUGGAUGGGGGUCAUUUUUUUUUAAAUUAUUUUUUCUUUAAUUUUGUAGACAUUAUUCUCCAUUCUUUAUUUAUUUUGCCUAAUUUUCUCGAUUCUUUAUUUUUUUUGUCCUUUAUUCUGCGCUUUUUGCCCAUUAUUCUUUAAACCCCAUCCACACCCUCAUAGAUGUCUAGAAAUAAAAUUACCGGUAUACAAGUCAUAUAUGAAUAUGUAUCUGAAAGUCACUGACAAUCCCAUUUAUUAUAUGAGUGCAUCUUUUUUUUAUUUAUUUUAGCAAGAUAUUUUGUUACUGCUUAGCUUUUUUCAUAGGUUGUUAGUUUAUGUGGUUUUUUUUUUUGCUGUAGAAAUUAAUGCUUGAUUGUGAUAAAGAAUAAUUGUUUUAUAGUUGCUAACUUCUACGUCAUGCGUCUUUGGUGGAAAUUUGUCUCAUUGGCAAUCACACCACACCACAUCAUCUCAUUUAUAUUUUGUAUUUGGUCUGAAUAUUGUAUCAUUAGAAGCUUCUGUUAGGAAUACAUCAAUUUAGAUCCUCAAUUUCUUUUGAAAGAACAUUGGGGAAUUAGGAUGUAUGUAAUUUUUCCAUAAAUUGGAGAAAAUGUCCUCCAAAUUGAAUAAUCAGUUUUUACCCUGCUUCGACAAAGUCGAAAAAGCGAGAUUUAGGCUGUUUUCUGGGGCGGCAACAAUGUAUUAGUUUGUGAUUAAGACUGCGAGACAUAUCUCAGUGUCAAUACUUUACUACAAUGUAUAAUGUAUGUGCAAAAAGUUAACCUGAAAAAAUGUUCCAAGUUGUGAAAUGUUUUUUUUUUUUUUUUGUAAGCGUCUUGUGCAAGAAGUAAAUAAAAUAAUUUUUAUGGCUGUGCAUUCUAUAUAACUACUAUAGAUUCAUUAUUAUAUGUAUUUGUGGGAUACCAACUUAUGUGAAUUCCAUGGUUACAGAAGAAUCAUAAAAUUAAAAUGUUCAACGAAAAACAAAUAUUGUAUAGGCUUGUAUGCAGACAAAAAAACGAAAACACAAUUUUUUAUGAAAAAAAAAAAUUGGUACCCACGAAAAUAAAUGAAUCCACAGUAUAUGGUUUACAACUGUACUAAUGUGGCCACAGGGGGGUCUCUUCCUAUAUGAAGGUAUUUACAUAUGUGCCGCUGGAAUGGGUCCCUUUUUUGAUACGUCAAAUAUAUCAAUGGGGUGCAAUUUUACAGAGGAAAUAUAUCAAUAGGUAGUAAUUGACAAAUUGUGAUAUAUCAAUGGGUCAUAAUUUUUCAGUUUGUUGUGAACGAUCUUCACUGAAUUUCCCAAACUCUUUAUAUAGAUAUAUGUAUAGGUAGGGAUUUCACAAUUAUUCAAUAUAUGAAUGGGGGGCGUUUUUUAAAUCCCAGCUGCACAACUGUACCCAAAAUCCCAUGUUGAGACCCCCCGUGAAUGUGGUACUGAGGUCCACAAAAAAAUACAUAUAAAAUUUCCUAUUAAAUGUAGUAAAAAUUUAUAUGUUAAUAGGGGAUACAUGUAGAAAUAGUAACUUUUUUUUCUUAUUCAAGUUUUAAGUGGUGCAAUUAAACUGUGAUUCAGAAAGGUAUUGAGGGGGAAUUGUUUUUAUUGGUAGACAAAUCUAGUUUUUGAAUAUAACUAAUGUUUGUGUGACCUAUUGAUACUACGGCAUUGUUGAUAGAUGACUACAUUGAAGGUUGCAUUCAUAAAUUUACACAGGAAAAUUUUCUUCUCUUGUAAAUUCUAAAUUACAUAUUUACAGUUACAUCCCUUGGAAAAUCUAACUUUUAAGGAAAAAAAGCAAAUUUGUUGAAAUCUAUUUGGGGAUUGUCAGUCCUUGUGGCUUAUGUAUCAUUUUCUGUAGUUAUGUAUAUUAUAAAACACUUCAGAUUUUUAGUGGUCCUUGUCAAAAGUUUCCAGUCAUGUCUGACAAAGACUGAAAAAUUUCAACAUCUCUGAGAAAGAUUUAAAAACAAAUGUCAAUUUUGUUCAGUAUCAUAUAUACAUGAACUCAUUAAUUGUAAAGAAGCUACUGUCGAUUAAUUAUUAUUCUUUGGAUACCAAUUUUCGUUGAUACAGAUAAACCACAAAUUUUAUAGCGCUUGAAUACAGGCUUUGGCAAAACCACGAAAUCAAAUAUCCAUGAAAUAUACAAUUUUAUCUUGGUCCACAAAAAUUGGUAUCGACACAAAUAAAUGAAUCCGCAGUAUUAUGGUUUGUCAUCCUGUUUUUGGGGCCAUUUUUAUAGAAUAAUUACUAUAGAUUUACAAGGGCUGAAUUGUCGGAGAAAAACUUUGUGUUGAAUCAUUACGUAACCUUUGUGUAUUGUUGAUAUGUACACUUGAUCAGGAUGUUUAAAAUCCAUUGGUACAAUUCUAAAUGUUUGUAUAUUAGGGAAUAUCAUAUUUAUAUUGUGAUUGUAAAUAAAAUGAGGAAAUUUU